AUGGGUUUAUGGAGAUGGGGUACAAGUCGCAAGGUGAAAUACGAAUCUUUGCAGAGUACGAAUCUCGAUGAAAUUUUUGAAGUUAUACAUCAUACUCCACCUUUGAGUAUGAUUGCGGAGAAAAAUGAUGUUUCCGAGAAUGGCGCGCCUAAAGAAAGUUCCAAAAAUCCAGCACGAAAUAGUUUUUCGAAUUUCUCUGUUAAGUCUAUAGAAACAAUUUUACAAAGAAAUAUAAUACGACAGUUUGGAAAAACAUCAAGAAUUCGUAUUGAAGAUGAUCGUUUGAUAGUCAGUAAAAUCGGCGAUUAUGAUGGUUGUUAUCAAAUAGUUUCAAGAUAUGGUUACAUGGAUGAUGUCAUACAUGGAGAAGAAUUUAUUUCUAAACUAGUUGCUUCAAUACAAUUUGCUGAUAAACAUUUAUCAGAAAAAAUAGAUCUACAAGAAUUACCUGUUACAUAUGUUUUUGGGCAUCAAAUUUUUUCACCAAAAUCUGGUUCUCCAUGGUGGAGAAGAUAUUUGGUUAAGUAUUAUAAAUUUUUAGUCAAUAAUUCAAGAGAACUUUAUAGUAGUUGGUACAUUCCUUCCGAAAAUUUUAUUG